AUGCACACUGAAAGAGAUCUCUCUGGGGUCAAGAUAGAUCAUUCAAUGUAAGAUUUAUAGGAAGGUCAUGAAUACAUAAUGACUUUCAAAGAUGUCUCAGUAAUCGUGGAUAAUGAAGAAUAUGAAGGUGACAUCCUAGAAAAUGUUGAUCUGCAGAGUUCAUUUAGACAAAGACUAAAGAUGAAGAAGCAGUCAGAGAAUAAGGGUGGGGCUAAUAACGAUUUGAACGGAAAAAGAAUACUGCCUUAGUACGAUGAGGACGACGAGGAUGAAGUUGAGAAAAUAAGAAAUAGAAUCGUGCUCUCAGCUGACGGGGAAUAGGGCCUGAACAAGGAUCAAAGACUUGAGGAGUUGAGAGAGAAACUAAACCAGAAAAGCAAAUAAAAGAUCUCACUUGACAUUAAAAAGGUAAAAAUAAUUUACUAAUUUGUUUAUCAGAGCAUAGGAUCAGAUUAUUUGCAAGCUCAAGACUUUGUGGAUCCUGAUGAAACUGAUGACAGCACAGUCAUAAGAAUGAAUGGAAGCAACACUGGGACUGGCUUUAAAAAGAUGAAGAAGACUAAGAUUCUGAAGAAAAGGCAAGCUGAUGAGGACAUUAUAAGCCUACUUGAGAAAACUACUGAGGAAAACGGCAAAGGUGCAUCUGGUCUUGGAACCAGAGAACAGAAGCAAAAGGAGCUUGAAAAUGAAAGAUAAAUAUAGGUUGAAGAGGAAGAUCAGAGAAAGCGAAACUUCAAGAAUGCUACCAUGAAGAAUAAGAGAGUCAAGUAUGACAAUAAAUAAGAUGAAGAGGUUGAAGAUGAAUACUAGAUGAUUGAAAAUUAGCUUGAAAAAUAAAGAUAGAGGACUUUGAGAGACUAGAAACUCAAAGGUGAUGAUUUCAUUAAGUCAGUUUUAGAGUAAAAACCUGAAGCUAACAAUAAUAUGGCUUAAUCUCAAAACGAAGAGAUAUAGAUUCUACCAAGUGCGAGUGUGAAUAAAAAUGAUAAGGUGGAGAUCAUCCAGAGCAUUACAAAGGAUAUUCCACUUAAUAAUAUUCAAUAAUCAAAUGGCUCUUAUGCUAAUGGAAUCAAUACCACUUUAAAUGUUGGAUUCUAAUCAUUAUCACAAGCUAAAGGAGGUUUCACCAGUGUUGUAAAUGUCACUUUGCCAUCUCAAAGAAUUAAAGAAAUAGCUAAACUUAAUGAUAAAUGGUAAAAUCCCAAUCUAUCUACUGCUAAUUAAGGCGUUUCUGAGGAAACUAAAUCAGGUUAAACAGAAGAUCGUAAAGAAGAAAUCAAGGAUGAGAUUCUAGAAUAGUUAGAAGAGACACUUGUUGGAAAAGGCAUUGCGAAUGCUUUAAAAAUAUUCAAGGAAAGAGGAAUGCUUGGAAAGAAUAAAUUUUAUGGCAGAAAUAAGGAUUAAACUUCUGAAGACUUGUUAAAAGGAUUUGGAGAUAAUAAUAAUCAGGAAAAUGAUAGAGUCAAGCUUGUUCAUAUUGACAAGUAAGGACAUAUUCUUACUCAAAAAGAGGCAUUCAGGCAAAUGUGUUGGAAAUUUCAUGGAAAGAUGCCAAGCCAUAGAAAGCAAGAAAAAAGAAGAGCAUAGGAAGAGAUGGAGAACAAAAUUAAUUCUAUUAGUCUUGGACUAAAUCCACAAGCAAAAGUUUUAACCCCUGCUCGAAAAUUGGGAAGUCUCAGUGGAAGUACUGGUACUAAAAAAGCAAAGAAGAUUUGA